AUGCAUGCAACGCAGAAACGAGCAAAGGCAGAGACAGAGCUCGAGCAACUGAAGGAAGCGGACAAAAAAGAUGAAGAAAGAGCAGUGGAAUUUGAACAGAGUCGAAUCACCGAAGAAGAAGAAGAAGUGAAAAAACAAAAAGAAACAGCCCAGGCACUCAUCGCAGAAGAACAAAAACUAGCAGAUACACUCCAAGAAGAACUAGCUGCACUAGAAGCUGAAGUAGGAGCAACAGAAGCAGAUACAAAAGCAGCAGAUACAAAACUAGCAGCAAUGAUAGCUGAGGCUGUUGGAGAGGAAAGCAAUGAGGGAGCAGCAGCAACAGCAGCAGAUGCAGAAACACUAGCAGCAGAAGAGAAAGCUGAACAUGAACAGAAAGAAGCAACACGCGUUGCUGAGAUUGCACAACAUAUAACACAACAAACUACAGAAAAACUACAACAAGCAGCAGAAAAAACAGAAACUGAGGCAGAGAAAGAAAUAGUUGAAUCCAUAGGAGAAGUACAAACUCAAGUGCUUUCAGAUAUACAACAAAGCGAAGAAGAAGAACAGAAAGCCAUUCAUACACAAGAAAAAGCAGAGAAAGAAGAAAAAGAAGAAAAAGAAGAAAAAGAAGAAAAAGAAGAAAAAGAAGAAAAAGAAGAUUCAAAUGCAACAGAAAAAGAAGAUGAAUCUGAAAGUGAUAAAGAUGAAGAAGAAGAAGAAAAAGUAUUUAUUUUUUUUUCGUUUUAG